GGGGGAGAAGCGGCGGCGGCGGCGGCGGCCGCGGCGGCUGCAGCUCCCGGGAGGGGUUCGGAGCCGCCUGUCACCAUUUCCAGGGCUGGGAACGCCGGAGAGUUGGUCUCUCCCCUUCUACUGCCUCCAACACGGCGGCGGCGGCGGCGGCACAUCCAGGGACCCGGGCCGGUUUUAAACCUUCCCUCCGCCGCCGCCGCACUCUCCCUGGCCCGGGCUCCGGAGGCCGCCGGAGGAGGCAGCCGUUCCGAGGAUUAUUCGUCUUCUCCCCAUUCCGCUGCCGCCGCUGCCAGGCCUCUGGCUGCUGAGGAGAAGCAGGCCCAGUCGCUGCAACCAUCCAGCAGCCGCCGCAGCAGCCAUUACCCGGCUGCGGUCCAGAGCCAAGCGGCAGCAGAGCGAGGGGCAUCAGCUACCGCCAAGUCCAGAGCCAUUUCCAUUCUACAGAAGAAGCCCCGCCACCAGCAGCUUCUGCCAUCUCUCUCCUCCUUUUUCUUCAGCCACAGGCUCCCAGACAUGACAGCCAUCAUCAAAGAGAUCGUUAGCAGAAACAAAAGGAGAUAUCAAGAGGAUGGAUUCGACUUAGACUUGACCUAUAUUUAUCCAAACAUUAUUGCUAUGGGAUUUCCUGCAGAAAGACUUGAAGGCGUAUACAGGAACAAUAUUGAUGAUGUAGUAAGAUGUGCUGAAAGGCAUUAUGACACCGCCAAAUUUAACUGCAGAGUUGCACAGUAUCCUUUUGAAGACCAUAACCCACCACAGCUAGAACUUAUCAAACCCUUUUGUGAAGAUCUUGACCAAUGGCUAAGUGAAGAUGACAAUCAUGUUGCAGCAAUUCACUGUAAAGCUGGAAAGGGACGAACUGGUGUAAUGAUUUGUGCAUAUUUAUUACAUCGGGGCAAAUUUUUAAAGGCACAAGAAGCCCUAGAUUUUUAUGGAGAAGUAAGGACCAGAGACAAAAAGGGAGUAACUAUUCCCAGUCAGAGACGCUAUGUGUAUUAUUAUAGCUACCUGUUAAAGAAUCAUCUGGAUUAUAGACCAGUGGCACUGUUGUUUCACAAGAUGAUGUUUGAAACUAUUCCAAUGUUCAGUGGCGGAACUUGCAAUCCUCAGUUUGUGGUCUGCCAGCUAAAGGUGAAGAUAUAUUCCUCCAAUUCAGGACCCACACGACGGGAAGACAAGUUCAUGUACUUCGAGUUCCCUCAGCCGUUGCCUGUGUGUGGUGACAUCAAAGUAGAGUUCUUCCACAAACAGAACAAGAUGCUUAAAAAGGACAAAAUGUUUCACUUUUGGGUAAAUACGUUCUUUAUACCAGGACCAGAGGAAACCUCAGAAAAAGUAGAAAAUGGAAGUCUUUGUGAUCAAGAAAUUGAUAGUAUUUGCAGUAUAGAACGUGCAGAUAACGACAAAGAAUAUCUAGUACUUACUUUAACAAAAAAUGAUCUUGAUAAAGCAAAUAAAGACAAGGCAAACCGAUACUUUUCUCCAAAUUUUAAGGUGAAGCUGUAUUUCACAAAAACAGUAGAGGAGCCAUCAAAUCCAGAGGCUAGCAGUUCAACUUCUGUAACGCCAGAUGUUAGUGACAAUGAACCUGAUCAUUAUAGAUAUUCUGACACCACUGACUCUGAUCCAGAGAAUGAACCUUUUGAUGAAGAUCAGCAUACACAAAUUACAAAAGUCUGAAUUUUUUUUAUCAAGAGGGAUAAUGCUCCAUGAAAACAAACUUGAAUAAACUGAAAAUGGACCUUUUUUUUUUUAAUGGCAAUAGGACAUUGUGUCAGAUUACCAGUUAUAGGAACAAUUCUCUUUUCCUGACCAAUCUUGUUUUACCCUAUACAUCCACAGGGUUUUGACACUUGUUGUCCAGUUAAAAAAAGGUUGUGUAGCUGUGUCAUGUAUAUACAUUUUUGUGUCAAAAGGACAUUUAAAAUUCAAUUAGGAUAAAUAAAGAUGGCACUUUCCCGUUUUAUUCCAGUUUUAUAAAAAGUGGAGACAGACUGAUGUGUACACGUGGAAAUUUUUCCUUUUAUGUUCUGUCACCAAUUUGAAGUGGCUAAAAGAGCUUUGUGACACACAGGUUCACAUCCUACCCCUUUGCACUUGUGGCAACAGAUAAGUUUGCAGUUGGCUAAGAGAAGUUUCUUAAGGGUUUUGUUAAAUUCUAAUGCAUGUAUUCAGGUAAGGGGAAUGGAGAGAAUGCUUAGAAAGGAAUCUUAUCUCAUGCUGGACUCUGGACCAUAUACCAUCUCCAGCUAUUUACACGCACCUUUCUUUAGCAUGCUAUAGUACUAAUCUGGACAUUUGAGGAUUUGGCCACUGUCACUGCUUGUUGUUUGUGCAUUUUUUUAAAAAGCAUAUUGGUGCUAGAAAAGGCAGCUAGAGGGAGUGAAUCUGUUUUGGGGUACAGGAAUGAACCUUCUGCAACAUCUUAAUCCACAAUGAAGGGAUAUAAAAAUAAUGUGGUUAUAGAUAAGAAACACAGCAACAAUGACUUAACCAUAUAAAUGUGGAGGCUAUCAACAAAGAACGGGCUUGAAACAUUAUAGAAAUUGACAAUGAUUUAUUAAAUAUGUUUUCUCAAUUGUAAUGACUGCUCCAUCUCCUGUGUAAUCAAGGCCAGUACUAAAAGUCAGAUGCUAUUAGUACCUACAUCAGUCAACAAUUUAUACUUACUUUGUUAGUUUUCAAUCAUAUACCUGCUGUGGAUGCUUCAAGUGCUGCCUGCAAGCUUCUUUUUUUCUCAUUAAAUAUAAAAUAUUUUGUAAUGCUACACAGGAAAUUUCAAUUUGAGAUUCUACAGUAAGCGGUUUUUUUCUUUAAAGAUUUAUGAUGCACUUAUUCAAUCCAGUAGCUGUCAGCCGUCCCACCCUUUUGACCUUACACAUUCUAUUACAAUGAGUUUUGCAGUUUUGCACAUUUUUUAAAUGUCAUUAACUGUUAGGGAAUUUUACUUGAAUACUGAAUACAUAUAAUGUUUAUAUUAAAAAAAGACAUUGUGUUAAAAAGGAAAUUAGAGUUGCAGUAAAUUUCAACACUGCACAAAUAAUAAGGCAUAUAAUUGUUCAGUAGAAAUUGUCCAACAUUUGCUUUAUUGAUUUGCUAUUGAAAGAAUAGAUUUUUUCGGUGUGCAGUGUUGAAUCAUUUCAUAGUGCUAGAGUUGGGACUAGGGCUUCAAUUUCUUAAAUAUCAUCAUUCAUUUGAUAUUGCCAGACUGCAUAUGAUUUCAAGCAGAGUACAACUACUAUUGUGACGGUAAUGAGAAGAAACUAUGAAAAAGGAUAUUUUUCCCCAGGAAUUUGGUGUCUUUCAAAUUAUACCUUGACCUUGACAUUUGAAUAUCCAGCCAUUGUAUUUCUUAAUGGUAUAAAAUCCCAUUUUGAAUAACUUAUUGGUGCUGAAAUUGUUCACUAGCUGUGGUCUGACCUAGUUAAUUUACAAAUACAGAUUGCAUAGGACCUACUAGAGCAGCAUUCAUAGAGUUUGAUGGUGAAUAGAUUAGGCAGAACUUCAUCUAAAAUAUUCUUAGUAAAUCAUAUUGACGUAUUUUCCAUACCUCAUCAGUUCCACUCAACCAAUAAAAUUUUUAAAUUUUUAACAAAGCUCUUAGAAUUUACAUGUUUAUAUUUAAACAUUGAUACAUAGAGUAUUGACUGCUCAUAAGUUACAUUGGUAAAGUUAGAGACAACCAUUCCUAAGAUCUCACCAUUGAAAUUUGUAUAUCACCUUGUCUUUCAUAAGAGCUGAAAAUUGUUGACUAAAAUGAAAAUCAGCUAUUCAUGUUUUGAAGAUAUUAAUACUGUUAUUUGUUACAGUUUUGGGCACAGCAUAUUAAAAUAUAACUUGUAUUGUUCCAGUAUGUAACAUGGAGGGCCAGGUCAUAAAUAAUGACAUUAUAAUGGGCUUUUGCACUGUUAUUAUUUUUCCUUUGGAAUGUGAAGGUCUGAAUGAGGGUUUUGAUUUUGAAUGUUUCAGUGUUUUUGAGAAGCCUUGCUUACAUUUUAUGGUGUAGUCAUUGGAAAUGGAAAAAUGGCAUUAUAUAUAUAUAUAUAUUAUAUAAAUAUAUAUUAUACAUACUCUCCUUACUUUAUUUCAGUUACCAUCCCCAUAGAAUUUGACAAGAAUUGCUACGACUGAAAGGUUUUCAAAUCCUAAUUAAAACUUUAUUUAUGACAGUAUUCAUAAUUAGUCUGAAAUGCAUUCUGUAGGUAAUCUCUCCCAAGUUUCUGGAAUGUUUUCUUAGACUUUUUGGAUGUGCAGCAGCUUAAAAAUGUCCGAAGUUACUUGAAGGCAUCACUUUUAAGAAAGCCUACAGUUAGGCCGUGUACCAUCUAAAGUCCUUUGUAGCUCCUCUUGGACAUUUUUGCCAUAAUUAUAAAAGGGUAGUUGAAUAAAUAGCAUCACCACUCAUUGCUGUGGCACAGGUUAUAAACCUAAGUGGAGUUUACCGGCAGCAUCAAAUGUUUUCAGCUUUAAAAAAAUAAAAGUAGGGUACAAGUUACAUGUUUAGUUCUAGAAAAUUUGUGCAAUAUGUUCAUAACGAUGGCUGUGGUUGCCACAAAGUGCCUCGUUUACCUUUAAAUACUGUUAAUGUGUCAUGCAUGCAGAUGGAAGGGGUGGAACUGUGCACUAAAGUGGGGGCUUUAACUGUAGUGUUUGGCAGAGUUGCCUUCUACCUGCCAGUUCAAAAGUUCAAUCUGUCUUCAUAUAGAAUAUAUAUACUAAAAAAUUUCAGUCUGUUAAACAGCCUUACUCUGAUUCAGCCUCUUCAGAUACUCUUGUGCUGUGCAGCAGUGGCUCUGUGUGUAAAUGCUAUGCACUGAGGAUACACAAAAAAAAAAAAAAGAAAAAAAAAAAAGAAAAAAACCAAUAAUGAUGUGUACAGGAUAAUGCCUCAUACCAAUCAGAUGUCCAUUUGUUAUUGUGUUUGUUAACAACCCUUUAUCUCUUAGUGUUAUAAACUCCACUUAAAACUGAUUAAAGUCUCAUUCUUGUCAUUGUGUGGGUGUUUUAUUAAAUGAGAGUAUUUAUAAAUUGUUUAAAUCUAUUGAGAUUUUUAAAUCACGGGCAGCCAAAUGUGAUUAAGAAAUUUUCUAUAUGUUCAUUUUUCUGCUGUCCUUCAAAACCUACUAUUAGAAAAGCAUGCCCUUUGUCAGCUUGGGAGUAGAGUAUUUGUCUACUCAUGUUGAAGACAUGCACUUUUAGGGUCAUAGUUACCACUUAAAUUGUUCCAAGCACAUUAAAUAGCAUUUUAACCUUGAAAAAGUUCGAGGUUCUUAGAAAAUUUUGCAUAUUUUUGUUGUAUUUAAGCUAGUUGUUUGAAGAUUAAUCCCCAGAAUGGAUUUGAUACCUCAAAUAUUAAUUUUGUGGCUUCCCCUUUUUUCAUAAUUCUAUACUUUGCCAUCAACAUGCAGUAUGUUUCAUCUAUUCAUUGUGACUUGUGCCAUUUAAAAAUUGAUAUUGCAGAAUAGUCUAAAGACUUUGUGUACUUGAAUUUAUUAUUCUAAUACUCUUGAAAGCUUAAAGACUGUAAGACAUAGCAGUUCAGCAAAGCCUAAUAGGGUAAUAAGUGAAAGUGUAGCUUAUGCAAAUAUUUUGAAAAUAAGGCAGACCAUUAAUAUAACUGAAAUUCAAUGUUAUUUCAAAAGUUUACAUUUUCUCCAUGUGACUUGUUAAAAGUAAAAGUGAGUAAUGUGUAAUAAUAUAGAGAUGUAUAGGGUGUGUACACACUUUUUAGUUUUUAGGUUUCUUAGGUAUAAGUAUAGUUGAAAACUAUACUGAAGAUUUCAGGUAUGUUGAUUUAUAAGAAGAUAUUUGGGUGAUGUUUGAAAAAUGGGAAAUUACUGGCAGUUUUGUUUUAUCAUGUCCUCACUUCACUGUAAUAUGAGGUGUCUUGGUUCAGUGAAUGCCAUCACCAUUUCCAUUGAGAAUUUUAAAAUCACCAGUAUUGAACAUGCAGGCUUCCAAAGGCUUCAAAAAAAAAAAAAAAUCAAGACCCUUACAUCUGGUUAAUUUGCUAUUUUCAUGAAGCACUUCUGGUUCUUUCAUUUUUGCCAGAUAAUUAGCCACAUAUAUAAAACAUAAUCAUAAAUGCCAUGUUUAUGUAACUUUCAAUUAGUGCUCUUGCUAGUGCAGAGGAAAAUGUUAGUGGGGGAAAAAAAACUGAUAUAAGGAAAUACCUAAAAACUAGCCAACAAAGUAAUGGGGAAAAACACUUAAAAAUGAGAUUAGAGACUGCUAGCCUAACAGAAUUCCAUGGCUAUGGGAGGCCUAAUGUGUAAGUUGUUCAUUGGUCUUUUAUUUUAGAGCAAAUCGUUCUCUUAAUGACGACACUAUAUUUUUUCCCCAUCUUUCAAAGAGCUCUUCUGUCAGAAUGUAGUUUGCCACUCUGACAAAUUCAUGUUAGUUCAUAGCUUUGCCAAGCGUAAUGUGAAGACAGGAAAGAACAAAGUAGUUUCAGUGGUGAUAGACUCUGGUUCUUAGGUUAGCUAUUUUGAGACUACUCUCUCAACACAAAAUAACCCCACAUACCCCCGCCACCUGGAGACAUAUCCAUCGUUAGUACUUUAGUGACCAUACAAUCAUUUUUUUCUUUAUGUAUAUAUUCUUUAAAAAUGAAAUUAUGUGUGUAUUCUCAAAGGCUUUAGCUUAGUAUUUCCAUCAUGUCUCUCUAGAAUGUUCCAUUGCCUUGGAAAAUGGACAGUGAUCUGAUUAUUUCCUAAUGCUACAGAUACAGGUGCUCUGCACUUAUUGAGAGUCCUUUCCAAUUCAGUGGGUUAAUAAUGAAUGUUUAGUUAUUGGCUUAAAGGUGAUAAUAUGUCAAACAAUUACUUUAUUUAGCAUGACAAGCUUAGCAUUGUGGAUAUUUUUCUUCAAAAACCAUUUUAAAAUAGAAAGUGUGAACCACUAUAUUGGUAAUGAACUUUAUCACCUUUCUGUUUCCCUCAUAGAUUGGAAAAGAAAGAAGAGCUUUUUCCAUUUAUAUAGUUUGCAAACAGUUGCUCAUUUUACAGCAAAUUAGUUUAACAACAGCCAACAGCAAAAGGCAAAAAAAAAAAAAAAAAAAAAAAAAGCCAAACCCUAUUUCAUGAAUGGUUCACCUUUUAACUCUGGAGCUUUAGUAUUAUAAUGGGCUUAGAACUUGCAACUCUUUUUCUUGACAAUUACUUGAGAAAUUUGUUGAAAAAACAUUUAGCUGAGGGCAGUCUAUGACUUCUAAACCAAUGCAUUGAUAUUUUGAAACAUUUUUACAUAUAUCAGUGAAGUUAACUACCAUCUUUGAGCAUUACCACAUUUUAAAAUAAAAGCUGCAUAUUUUUAAAUGAAGUGUUUAACGAGGAUUUAUAUUUUUUGUUUUUAAAAUUAAAAUAAUUUAUAUCUUUGUUGUAUGUGGGUUCCCAUCUGUCCUUAUAAUGGUUAGUGAUUUUGUUUGUGUAGAGUGGAGCAAGUCUAGUGUUCCAGUUUUCCAAGUCUGUUUACUUCAGUAAAAUUCUUAAAAUGUUUUAGAUGUGAUUUUCUGUAGCCUAUCAUUUAUUGGCUAUUUUUGUGCACCUUUAGGGUUUUCUGCCUACUCUAUAUGGUUGUCCAAAUGAUAUCCCAUGUUUACAAAUGCCCUUUCAGUUUCUAUUUUGUUGUUCCAUUAAAUUGCCCUCAUGCCCGGAUGGGCAGUUGGUAAGUGUGUGCAUGUGUGUUUGUGUGUGUACAUGUGGUAUGUAUGAAUGAAUUAGGUUUUCAAGAGUGCUAGACACCAACUUUAGAGAUUAAAUAGUCUGAUUCAGGCAAGCAUUUUUCACUGGAAUUUCACAGUUCAUUGUAAUAAAAAUGUUAACCCUGGAUGAUCUUUGAAACACAGUAGUGAAUUCGGAUAGUAAUGAACUUGUUAGUAGCAUCUUGAUGUGUGCAUUAAUGAGUUAUUUUUAAGUUGUGCAUUAAACCAAAGUUGGCGUAUUAGAAAUGUUUAUAUCAAGUUCCAUUUGGCUACUGAUGGACAUAAAAAUCGAAAUGCCUUCCUAUGGAGAGUAUUUUUCCUUUAAAAAAUUAAAAAGUUUACUAUUUUGA